AUGAGCCCCUUUCGGUUGGUGUAUGGUAAAGCUUGCCAUCUACCGGUGGAAGUCGAGGAUAGAGCAUAUUGGGACGUCAAGGAGUGCAAUCCAAGCUUGGGUGGAGCUGGAAUUGAGAGAAAGCUUCAAUUGGAGGAAUUAGAGUGUUUCAGACUAGAAGCCUAUGAGAACUCUAGACUUUACAAGGAGAAAAUGAAAGCCGUGCAUGACAAGAACAUAAGAAGAAGAGAGUUUAAAGCCGGCGAUCUAGUCCUCCUUUACAACUCAAGAUUGAGAUUGUUGCCUGGAAAACUAAGGUCAAGAUGGGAAGGAUCCUAUCAAGUAGAAAAAGCAGAACCAUAUGGAGUCUACUGA